AUGUAUAACAAAGGCGGUUAUCGCGACGGCCCCGGAGGAUUCGGAGGUCCCAGAGGUCCCGGAGCACCCGGAGGGCCCCCAGGACCCAGGAGUCCGGGCUACAUGCCAUCUCGUGGUCCCCCGCCUCCUUCCCAACAAGGCCCCCAACGAGGGGGCAUCAACCUCCAAGUAGGCAAGGUUCAGGACCGUAUUCUUCAGAGCAGCCUCAUCUAUGAGAACGUGUGUGCCGUGAGCCCCAACGAUUUCGGUGAGGGAAACUCACACGUACUGAUCCGGACCCAAGAAGGCGGCGAGUACGUCGUCGCGGCACGGGGGAUCCCCGGCUUUCCUUCCGGCUACAUUGCCCUAAAUGAGAAACAGAGGCAAUGGGCGAGGAUAGCACAGCGGGACGUCUUUGUGGGCCAACCCUACGAUCCCUUCCGCUACGGGAAGAACGCCUAUCUCGGCGCCGUCCAGCUCCAAGUCAGCUUCGCUUCACCCAGUAAGAAAACGGAUGACGUUUAUAGCGAUGACGAGCUCAAUCCUGUCUUCCUGAGUACUUUCAGGGACCAAGUGUUGCAACCGGGACAACAGAUUCUCAUGGAUUACCGCGGAAUACCACUUCUCUUCACUGUUACUAGUGUGACACUGACCGCCUUGGGUCAACAAGAUGGUGGCUCUGGCGCUGUUCUCACCGAUCCAAAUAGCCGCGGCAUUUUGGUUCAGCAGACGGAGAUUCUACUAACGGCUGACGGAAGGGACCAGAGGACUGGUCUUAAGCUAAAGUCCUCUGCAACCGGCAGCACAAGGAAGGCUAUAAUAACAUCCGACUUCAGCUUCACCGACAUAGGUAUUGGUGGUCUAGACGAUGAGUUUGCCAUCCUCUUCCGAAGAGCAUUUGCAUCGCGUGUGUUCCCGCCGCAGUUUAUCGAGCGCCUUAAGAUCCAGCACGUAAAGGGUAUACUCCUUUACGGCCCUCCCGGAACCGGAAAGACUCUGAUCGCUCGUCAGAUUGGCAAAGUCCUAAACGCCAAGGAACCAAAGGUCAUCAAUGGUCCCGAAGUUCUCAACAAGUACGUCGGUCAAUCGGAGGAGAACAUCCGAAAGGUCUUCGCCGACGCAGAGAAAGAGUACAAGGAACGCGGUGAUGAGAGCGACCUUCACAUAAUCAUUUUCGACGAGCUGGACGCUGUGUGUAAGCAGCGAGGAUCCGGAGUUGGUGGUGGUACCGGUGUGGGUGACUCUAUUGUCAACCAGCUUCUCACGAAGCUCGAUGGUGUCGACCAGCUCAACAAUAUUCUGCUCAUCGGAAUGACGAACCGAAAAGACAUGAUCGACGAGGCUUUGCUUCGUCCCGGUCGUCUAGAGUUGCAGCUUGAGAUUUCGCUUCCUGACGAGCACGGCCGUGUGCAGAUUCUCAAUAUUCACACAAGCGAGAUGAGACAGAAUGGUGUCCUCGCCGAUGACGUUGACGUUGAGGAGAUUGCGAAACUCACCAAGAACUUUAGCGGUGCUGAGAUUGCUGGCCUUGUGAGGUCUGCCACAUCGUUCGCGCUGAAUCGGCACAUGGAGGCCAAUGAGAGGGGUGUCGUGGCGAAAGACACCGAGAACUUGAAAGUAGGGCGUGAGGACUUCAUGGGCGCCUUGGUGGAGAUUAUUCCGGCCUAUGGCGUGGCUGAGGAUUCUCUCGACCUGCUGCUGCCGAUGGGGCUUAUCAAAUUUAGUCCGGCGAGUUUUGACAAGAUUCUCCAGGAAGGGUCAGGAAAGACGGCCUUGGCCGCCUUUAUCGCCAAGCAAUCCGGCUUUCCGUUUGUCAAGGUUCUCUCCCCCAUGGAUGUGGUGCCUUACCGGGAUGAUUUUGCAAAGAAGGACUACAUCCACAAGGUGUUUACCGACGCUUACAAGUCACCCAUGAGUCUACUCAUCCUUGACGAUUUUGAGCGCCUUAUCGAGUACUCGCCUAUCGGGUCUCGCUUCUCAAACACCAUUCUCCAAGCUCUCAUCACUCUCAUCCGGACGCCACCGCCUAAGGGGCACCGUCUGCUCACAUUUGUAACCUCGUCGAACAUGCAUGUUCUCAAACUCCUCCAGGUGGAUACUUCCUUCAAUCGGCAGGUUGUUGUGAAUCCCCUAAAGACGUUGGAGGAACUCGCGGAAGUGCUCACGAAGAGUGGUGCAUACUCAGAGUCAGCGGUUAGGUACAUCUGCGAGCAGAUCCGGGUCCAGGCUGCGAGUGACGAAGAGCAGCGUACGGGCAGGUUUACGGUGGGACUGGGCAUCAAGCCCGUGCUGACCUACCUGGCUGAGGCGAAGGUGAUGCAGGACGAAGGGCACGACGGCGUGGAGGGGUUCAUACAGAAGGUGUCUGAGGCCAUCGUUUACGCCAAGGCGUAA